ACGGAUGCCAUCGAAUAAGAUGAGCUGAAUGAAUGCUACGCUGAUACUGCACUCAUAUCUCAUACGUGCUGAAAAUGGCUGCGGUGAGGUUCCUGCUUCUCCAAGGAACAGUCCUAACCUGGCUGCUUCUGAUCCUGCCCAUGCCCUCAAGUUCCUCCCUUCAAGCUAAGAGAUCGAAUGGGAGAUGCAUCACAAGUGAGAGGGAUGCGCUGCUCUCAUUGAAGGCCGGCUUAUCAGAUCCCGGGGGCCAACUCUCAUCAUGGCAGGGAGAGGAUUGCUGCCAGUGGAAGGGUGUUCACUGCAGCAACAGAACUAGCCAUGUUGUCAAGCUCGAUCUCCAUGGUUCCUACGAACUGGGAGGUGAGAUGAACUCCUCCUUAGUUGGAUUACAGCAUCUGAAGUAUUUAGACUUGAGUUGUAACAACUUCAAUGGUUCAAGCAUCCCAAAGUUUAUUGGCUCCCUUAAAAGUCUUGAAUACCUCAACCUUUCUAAGGCGGGAUUUGGGGGGACAAUACCUCCGCAGCUAGGUAACCUAUCCAAGCUCGUCUAUCUUGAUCUUAAUUUAAAUUAUGGGCGCUUGGGCUUUCUAUACUCCGACAGCCUUACAUGGGUGUCACAUCUUUCCCUACUGAAAUACCUUGACAUGAGCGGGUUGCAUCUUAGCGCCGCAGUAGACUGGAUUCAUGGAAUUAGUAGCCUUCCGUCACUAGAAGUUCUUCAUCUAAGUGACAGCGGUCUAAGAAACACAAAUACCAUUCUCAGCCACUCUAAUCUAACAGCACUUAAGGUAUUGGACAUCAGAUCAAACUACUUUCAUACUGCAAUUUCUCCCAAUUGGUUUUGGAACAUAAGGACAUUGACUUAUCUUGACCUCUCUUCAUCUGGCUUCCAAGGCCCAAUUCCUUAUGAGAUGGGAAAUAUGACCUCACUUGAGCAAGUCUAUAUAGGUGACAACAAUAUUAUGAGUAUGAUACCACCGAAUUUGGAGAACCUAUGUAACUUGAAGAUUAUGGAUUUUUCAUGGAGUAAUAUCACUGGGGAUAUAGGUGAUUUGAUGAACAGGCUUCCAAAAUGUUCAUGGAACAAGCUGUACGUGUUGGAUUUUUCCUAUAACAAUUUGGACGGGAACCUUCCAAAUUGGUUACAGCCUCUAAAGAACCUGAGUUACUUAAAUUUGCAUGGUAACAAUAUCAUGGGCCCUUUACCAUUGUGGAUAGGAGGGCUUCACAAUUUGACUAUAUUAAAUCUUGGUUCUAACCGGCUGGUUGGUGAAAUAAAUGAAGAGCACUUGGAAGCAUUGACAAAUUUACAAGUACUAGACAUGUCUGAUAACUCUCUUUCCAUGAGGGUACACUCGAAUUGGAUUCCUUCAUUCAAAUUAAAGAUGGCCGGUUUCAGGUCAUGGCAGCUUGGACCUGCGUUCCCAUCAUGGAUUAGAUGGCAAAGGAGUAUGAAUGUUCUUGACAUUUCAAAUGCAACCAUACAUGACAAUGUACCCGAUUGGUUCUGGGUCGUAGUUUCAACAGCUUCCUAUUUGAACAUGUCAAAUAAUUUAUUAAGUGGCACAUUACCAGCAAGUCUUGAAAUGCUGGCGGCAGGAAUGAUUGACCUUAGUAGUAACAGAUUUGCAGGUCCAGUUCCACGUUUUCCCAGAAAUGUACAGUAUCUUGACCUCUCCAGAAACAAUUUAUCAGGAACACUACCAGACUUUGGAGCCAUGAAUUCAUUUUAUGCUUUGGCUCUUUACAACAAUUCAAUUUCUGGCAGUAUACCAUUUUCGCUGUGCCUCGUGCAAUGUUUGAAUAUACUAGACCUAUCAGGAAACAUGUUAUCAGGAGAGUUGCCCACUUGCAAAGGAGAUUCUGGUCCGUACAAACAAAUGCUUGCACUUAACUUAAAUAGCAAUAAUCUUUCAGGAGUUUUCCCGUCAGCUCUUCAGAUGUCCCAAGAUUUAGUUUUCCUUGAUCUUGCAUAUAACCAAUUCUCUGGGAAUUUGCCAGCAUGGUUAGGAGAUAAGUUGCCAUCCCUAGCAUUGCUACGACUGCGGUCCAAUAACUUUUCUGGCAAUAUUCCCAUUCAACUUGCAACGAUUCAAGGGCUUCAAUAUAUUGACCUUGCAUGUAACCACAUUUCUGGUCAAAUACCUGAGUCCAUAGUGAACUUGAGUAAAAUGGCUGGCUCCAACGUUGUUAAUCGCCUUCAGGACGUAGAAGGAUCUGGAUUUGGCAUGGGCCUUCUUGAUGAAUUAAAAGGAUCUGGAAUUGGCAUUGACAUUAUUACUGAAGUAGGAGGAUUUGGAAUUUUCUUUACAGAGACCACGUCAGUUCUAACCAAAGGGCAACAGCUUGAAUUUACUAAAGGAAUUCAGUACAUGGUAAAUAUUGAUUUAUCAUGUAACAAUUUGACUGGACAAAUUCCUCAAGGCAUUAGUGCUCUGGUUGCUUUGAAAAGCUUGAAUGUUUCUUGGAAUCAUUUAAGCGGGAGAAUUCCCAAUAACAUUGGUGACCUCAAGGCAUUGGAGUCCCUCGACUUAUCACAUAAUGAGCUAUCUGGAGAGAUCCCUUCAAGCAUAUCAGCUCUAACUUCUUUGGCCAGCUUCAACCUCUCGUAUAACAAUCUAAGCGGAAGAAUACCAACAGGGAAUCAACUUCAGACGCUAGCAACUGAUGACCCGGAAUCAAUGUAUGUUGGAAACAUUGGUUUAUGUGGUCCUCCGCUACCAAAGGGGUGCCCUGGAAAUGGAACAAGUAAUUCUCCGGUUGAUGAGCCUGAGCAGAAGGACAAUGGGAUGGUGAACUCCAUCUACCUGAGCAUGAUUAUCGGGUUCAUCUUUGGCCUUUGGGUGGUGUUCUGCAUUAUGUUGUUACAUAAGGGACUGAGGUAUUCCUAUUUCGCCUCCAUUGAUUACCUGUAUCACACGAUGUGCGUUCAUGUGGUUGUCACUUGGAACUUCUUGAUGAGAAGGUAAUUCUUAAUGUUUUACAUCGUGUGACACGUAUAAUUAAGCUAUGUAUUUGUAGUUUGUGUAUGAAGCACAAGAGGACGUUUAUUCUCUGUAUAAGUAUUACUGUAUUAGUUACAGUGUUCACGGUACAGCAAUGUACCGCUGUAUGAUGGUUCGCUAUAGUGCGUGUAUAAUGCAUGAACUCUAAAAUUCUGCAGUGGACAUUUUUUUUUCAUGAGUAACUUUUGUUUGCAUAUUUGUUUUUUAUAUUGCAUAGGGAUUCAUGAAUAAAAAUGGCACCCUAUAUACA